GCACCGAGAGAAACAGAGAGAGAAGAAGAAGAGGAGGAAGUCGAGAAGUUCCAAUCGUCCCCGUCCCGCUAACAUCUCGUUCGAAUUGAAUACAGUGAAAGAAACGGAAACCUAGCCCCCUUUUCUCCAUUUUUCUCCGAUGCCGCUGCCCAUCCCUGUAGACAUUCUCUCCGACGACGAUAUUGACGGCGUCGGACGCGGGAACGAUGACAUUUUAACUCCCACUCCUACAGUACCCAAGAGGCGCCGUCGAACCACAGAAUCCUUACCGAACCCUACUACUGUUCUCAUCAUUGACGACGACCCCACGCCUCGCAAGCCGGCUACAGAAUCAACCCCGUCGGUCGUCCCCGAGACCCCGAUGUCGGGUUUUUCAAAUUCCGAUGUAGCCAUCGUUAAGUGUAACCGAGGCCUCAGUGAUUAUCAACCUUCGACUUCCGACGACAAGUUUUCUGGGAUCAGUAGAUUAAUCUGCUUGGAGUCCGACAGUGAAUCUGCAAAUGAAUCUGGAAGGAAGAAUUGUGAGGAAAAUGAUAAAUUUACUGCUUUCAAUGUUGUAAAGGAUUCAGAAUUGAGCUCAAGACUCAUCGAAUCAGUUUUUCCCCCUGAAGUCACAGAACAUUUAUCAAGGAACGAGAAUUUAGCGCAACUGUCCGAUGAUCUUCCUAUGCAUCUAAUGUCUUCUGAAGAUGGUAUCCUCCAGGUGCAUGAUUGUCAUAGUGAAGAAAAUGGACUGGAUUCAAUAGCUGCACAUGAGUUUCCUAGUGAAGAAAUUUACGGACUAGGGCCCAAAGAGAAUGUGUUGAAACAGAAAUAUAGAAAUAAAGUAAACUCAAAUAAGGAAAAAGAUAUGGAUGGAGGAGCUGGCAAGAAGAGGCUAACAAAGGAAGAAAGGAUUUGCUUAAAGGAAGAAAAGAAACAACAGAGAGAACAAGAGAAGUUGCGAAAAGCAGCUUUGCAGGCUGAGGCUGCGGAGUUGAAGAAAUUGCAGAAAAUAAAGCAAAAGUGGGAAAAAGGGAAGUUUGCUUUAAAAUCCAUCAUUGCUGAAAUUGACACUAAAGUUGUUGAACUGGGGUCAGUUGGAGGACACCUCCUUACAAGGUUUGCAGAGAAAGGGGUUACAUAUAGGAUAUGUUCAAAUCCUAUUGAAAGAUCCAUAGUAUGGAAUAUGUCUGUUCCCGAAGAAAUUUCACAGCUUUCCUCCAAUGGAAUUGUUAUCCCAUAUAUCUUACUUGUAUUUGAGGCUGAAGAGUUCUGCAACCUUGUUACGAAUGAAUCUCUUAUGGAUCAUGUUUCCUUUGUUCGGAGCAAUUAUCCAUCUCAUACAGUUUGCUACGUCACAAAUAGGCUGAUGGCAUACAUUCAUAAAAGGGAACAUGGACAGUAUAAAAAUCCUGGAAACUGUAGCAGUUGGAGACGCCUGCGUGUUGAGGAGGUACUAAUGAGGUUAACUACUGAUUUCAUUCGAGUUCACUCAAGACAGUGCAUAGAUGAAGCUGAAUUAGCUGAACAUGUUGUAGGUUUAACUUGCAGCUUGGCCUCUUGCCAAUUCAGAAAAAAGUUAACUCAACUGUCUGUUUAUGCUAAUGGAUCACUUAUUCCCAAUGAUUGCAUCGACAAGAAUCUAAUAAAGAAGAACUUAUGGUUAAAAGCAUUGGUUGCUAUCCCAAAGGUACAACCACGAUUUGCAAUUGCUAUCUGGAAGAAAUAUCCCACAAUGAAAUCUCUUCUGAAUGUUUACCUGGAUCCAAAUAAAUCGGUGCACGAGAAAGAAUAUUUGCUUCAGGGUUUGACAGUAGAAGGACUACUUGGUGAGGACAGAAGACUAGGUGAGAUCUGCUCAAAGAGAGUGUACAGAAUACUAAUGGCACAGUGCGGGAGUAUAAAAACUGAUGACGUUGAAGAUGGUGCAGAUUUUUUCAGCCACUGUGUGACUUGAAAGGCUUAUUCUUGAUUGCAGUUCUUGGUUACUUUUUGUAGGCGACAGCCUGAUCUCUGUUGUUUUUGGUUUUCCAUCUGCCUUUACCUUUUAUGUAUAGUGAAGUGGGUACAUUUUGAUUAUGUCAACUUCAUUGAAGCUGCAUGUUUAUUACUUUGUCAAAUGGUAUCAAAUUUGCCUGCUGUUUAAAUAGCUCAGGCAUAAUUAAAUGGAUGCUUAUACAAUAUGGCAAAACUAUUACCUGUCACCCUUCUGUGUUACCUGCCACCCUUCUGUGGCUCUCAAUUGAGAAAGUUGGUCUCACUCUUAUCUUCGGCUGUGUGCGCGCGAGUGGAUGACCCAUUUCAUGAAACAAGACUAGCGUGGUCCUGUUUGGCUGAAGUGCUGUGACCGAACACAUUGAAUUGGGGUCGGUUAAAGGUCAUUUUAGGACAAGUUGCCCAGCUCAUCCUUGGGUU